UGUUUCCUGGUGCAUUGCUACAAACUAGCUGUCCUAACCUUUGUGUUAACGGUCAUUUUCAGUUCAAACAAACAUACCGUAAACAUAUGUACGUAUGUUUUUUGUGUUCAACUUGUGUUUAAUGUUUGUAUUGACCACGAUAGUAUUUCAUCUAUAGAUUAAUUUAUUAAUCAAAAUAUGAACGAACUACAUAAACAAUCAGAUCCUGUUCUUCGUCUGGAUUUAGUCGCACAUACUGCAGCAGUGACUGCGCUAAAAUUUCGCAAUGAAAACGAAUUAAUAAGCAGCGGAAAAGAUAACGAUUUGUUAAUAUGGCACCUCAACACCAAAGACCUGCGCACCUAUCGGUUUUCUCGACAUACAGCUGCUGUGAACGAUCUGGAUUGUUCUAGUAAAGGCAAGUUGCUUGUUUCUUGUUCGGAUGACAUGCAUAUUCAGUUAUGGGUGCCUUCAUUAACUGGCAAAACCGAACAAAUACGCGCACAUAUGAAACCAGUAACGAGCAUUCAGUUUUCAUAUGAUAACCGCCGACUUUUAUCUGGUGCUAAAGAUAAAUGCAUGAAAUUGUGGGAUGUGAAAACAAGGAAGUUCCUGCACUCGCUAGUGGGACACAAUCAUUAUAUAAACUGUGCAAGAUUUUUCCAAGAUGGAUCUAUUGCUGUGUCAUGUGCUGAGGAUAAAACCAUCCGUAUUUGGGAUGUAGAUAAUCAGGAUCUUAUUCAUACACUUACAAAUCAAGCAAGUACAAAUAAACUAUCAAUAUAUGGAAAAUACGUCGCAUGUGCUCAGCAGACAGGCUCCGUGCGAAUCUACGACAUAAUCGCAGGAAGAAUGAAUCAACAUUAUGUGCUCAAUGAGAAUGUAACCAGUGUUGACUGGCAUCCUUCAGGCAAGUUCCUCCUUGCAACCUGUAGCAGUGGAUUUAUCAGCGUCAUUGAUAUCUUGGAAGGACGGCCAAUCUUCAGACUUCAUGGAUUGGGCAGUGCAUUAACAAGUGUUGCUUUCAGCCCAUCGGGACAGACGUUUGCUUGUGGUGAUGCAAACAAUCACAUUCUAAUAUGGGAUUGGGAUGCAUUAAGAAACACAACUGUAUCACCCCCUACAACAGCACUUCACUCAUACUCUGAUUAAGUAAGUAAUCUGAAUAAUAUUAACUUAUUUUAAAAAUUAAAUUAAGAAAUGAUGAUGUUAAGAUUCAAUUUGUAAUUUUAUAUUGUGAUAAAGACAAACGCACGAUUCUAACACGAUUUCACGGCCGAAAAAAUAGAA